UCUGUUUUGUCUGUAUUUGUAGUAUCGUAAAAACGCCGAGUCGUUUCGCACGGAUCGCAAACGCAGAAGAGUCUCUCUGCUCCUUUGCUUUGCUCGUAGUCGUAGAGACACCGCGGUGGACUCAGAACUAGUUGAUCCUCAUAAUCAGUGUCAGACUCUAUCCCGUCGUUUUGAACAUGCCGUCCCUUCAAACUGCACUUCCUCCUGAGCUCGCCAACAAUGCCAUUAGGCUUUACCGUGAAUGCCUGCGAAGAGCUAAGUAUAUUGGUCAUCGGAAACAUAACACGGAGCUUCUUGUUGAUAUGGUGAGACAACAGUUUAAGAAACACAUGCAUGAGACAGAUCCCGAGAAGAUUCAGAAGUUAAAGGAUGGUGCUGCAAGGGGGCUUAUCAAUCACAUAUUGUAUGAGUCAGAGCAAAUGACAGGUUCUAAAUUUAGCAAGAGCAAACAACCUAAUUUGCUUUAUCCCAAAUGAUUCAAUUUGUCCAUCAAUGCAAGGUUUGGCAGAUCACGUAUGUAAAAAAAAAGCCUUCCAAGGUUUUAUGAUGGUUAUUGGUUAUGUUAAAAUGUUAUUUAAAACAAUUGUGAGAAAUAGGACGGUGGCUUUUAAGCUGGUGCUAUUUUUCAUAUCAAUAGUGCUCUCAAGUUUCUUAAAACUACUUUCUACUUUGUACCAAAUGAUUCAGUGUCUCUAUCAAUUCAAGAUUUGGCAGCUUAUGAAUCCAGAACCCUGCCUCCUCUUGGAUGAUUUUUUUUUUACAUUUGUACCAGGGUAGAACUAAUAAGCCUUUGAAGAAAUAACACUGAUCUGUAUGGCUUUUUUUAUUUUUCAAUUUUAGUUUUUGUUUACAUUGA